AUGCCUCCAUCAGCUGAACCGCGCACUACGAGAGCGCGCUCGGUGGCCGCGGACACGUCUGGGCUUUUAGAAACGCUUCAGGGUCACGUCGAAGAUAUUCGCGCCCUGCUGCAGUGCGGCAUCUGUGUGCGCCCUCUCUACGAACCUUAUACCUUAGCCUGUGGUCAUACAUUCUGCUACGGGUGCCUCUCAUCAUGGUUCGGAAGCGGGCGGUCUCACAAGACAUGUCCCGACUGCAGGGCUCAAGUUAAAACGCAACCUGCUCCUGCCUAUUUAGUACGAACAAUCGUCCAGAUGUUUACUGGUCGGGCGGAGCUCUUGGAUAAAGGUGAGACGACGGCAGAACAUUCUCAAAACCAGCAGGAGGAAGCGCAGAAGCUUGAAAAGGACAAAUCGAACGAGAAUCCUCAAACAGGCGGUUUAUUCCAAGGAUGUUUUAAUCCAAAAGCAUUUCCAAACGGACCGAUCGUCGACGUGGAAGACGGAGUCAUGAGAUGUCCAAACUGUUCUUGGGAACUCGAAGAAGGCUCUUGUCAAAACUGUGGUUAUUACGUGGAUGACAGUGUAACCACAGAUUCCGACUUUACCGACUCAACCGAUUAUAAUGAAGAUAUGGAGGAUAUGGAGGAUAUUGAUGACGACGAUUUUGGUUAUUACGACGACGAGUGGCCGGAGGGCCACGUAUUUGAACCUAUGCCGUAUCCUAACCAGGUAUUUUAUGGUGUACAACCAUUUUUUCCACAUCACCAUCAUCACAUCAUCUCUCACCACCAUCACCAUCUCCACCCCCUUAGAGCUGAAUGGACCAGCCCUACUGCAACUCGUGACACUGACGAUGAAGACCACACGGGUUCAGAAGACGAAGACGAAGAUAUGGAUUCGUUCAUUGAUGAUGAUGAAAUAGAUGGUGAUAACGAGAGCGAGGUCGACUCAGGUACCGAUCAUUCAACGGUAGUAGGAGAUCAAACCUGGCCUACUCAACACACUAGGGAGGGUUCUGCGGGGGAUUUUCCCACUCCCGCUCUGAACGCGGAAUUCCAGGAUUUUUCUAGCAUAUCUGGGGAAUCAAGAGAUUUAGAUGAUCACAGCGGCGAGGAGGAUGAUUAUGGUGAUGAGGACGACGACGACGAUGACGAAGAGGAAGAGCCUAUACGUCCUGUCCCUAGGAGGAGACUACAGAGUCCAUACAACCCCCCAGGCCUGGCAAGUUCUCUUUUCGCUGGUAAUGGUAUUAGGGGGCAGACCUUGGGACGCCGCUCUCGCUCUGGACCCCGCGAUGGAGCUGCCGGUACAUCGGCAAGUAACGCCAUCAAUGUCGAGGACGAUUCGGAGGAUGAGAUGCCGGUACCAGCGACUAGAAGAGCAAGGCUGAAUAGAAACUGA